AUGAUAUAGUACAUUUCCAUAAAUCAGCAAUUCACCCUCUCGGCUACUUUGGAAUACGGCAGUAACGUGCGAUUUACUUUUGAUUUCGGCGACGGUUCCGUACCAGUCAACAUAGACGGAACUCCAGCAACGCCCCCUCCCAGUCAGGUGCUCUCGUCCCAUGUCUACUUGGAAACCGGCCAAUUCAAGACUUCUGUAAUCGCCAGAUCUGGAGGUGUUCAAAUAAAUAUAGACCGGCUCCUUUAUGUUAUCGCACCUUUAGGUGUCUAUACUUUGAACUUAACUAAUAGCCUUGUAGCCUCAAACUCUCCGGCAAGCAUGGUUGUCACUUGGAAAUCGGGCCCAUUGGCUGAACUCACUCAAGCAAAAGUGUCUUGGAACGACAGCACUCCAACGGUGAUAGCUGAUUUCACAGACAAUCAAACUUACACUCACACAUACCUUGAAAGGGGCAACUAUAUCAUUACUGUAAUUUUGAGCAAUCCGAUAGACAGAAAAACCUUAACUACUACUAUCUUCGUGCGAGCCGGCAUCACCAACUUUGGCUGCAAGGCCAGUCCACUGCCGGUGAGGGUUGCUGGUACAAUAACAAUCCAUGUAAACAUGGCAGGGGCACAAGCCGUGACUACGACUUUAGUCCGACAAGACGGUCAGUUGGUCGCGCCGAUUUCGCCAGCCUCACGUAAGUGUUUUGACCUUGAAAACCAAGGGGAAAAUGGAAAAUUUUAUUUGACUACAGCAUCUAGUAAUUGGGUUGAUGAUGUUAUUAUGCCUCCGUAUCCGGUCGCUUUUGCGAGCCAGGACUUGUCUUUUGGGCUGUCCACAGUCAGAGGAGUAAAUGACAUUCACUAG